AUGGUCUCUGAACGCUUCCGCAUAGACAGCUCCGCCCCUGAGCUGCCCCUCACUGAGAAACGCUCCUCUGUCGCCAUGUCUGGUGAACAGACACCGCUGUUGCGCGAGCCUGCCAGCAUUCCAGCAUCACGUCCCCUCACACACCACAAACAGACAAGCCAACCCAACCCACUGACAACCCUUCGUUUCCCAGCAGCAGCAGCAGCAGCAGCAAGCACCUCCCAAAGCCGUCCAAUGCCCCAAACAAUAGCCCACCGGGGCUUCAAGUCGGCCGCCCCCGAGAACACCAUGCUCGCCUUUCGCGCGGCCGUCGAGGCGGGCGCCCACGCCAUCGAGACCGACCUGCACCUCUCCAAGGACGGCGUCGUGGUGCUGUGCCACGACGAGACGCUGGCGCGGUGCUAUGGCGACGAGGCCAAGGUGUGCGAGCGCGACUGGGACUACCUGAAGACGCUGCGCACACUGCGGAGGCCGGAGCAGCCCCUGCCGCGCUUUUCGGAUCUGCUGGAGUAUUUGGCUAAGCCUGGGCUGGAGGGGGUGUGGGUUAUGCUGGAUGUCAAGAUGCACGACGACGCUGAAGAGAUCAUGCGGAGGACAGCCGAGACCAUCGCCUCGGUACCCAGUAAGCGGCCGUGGAGCGAGAGGUUAACGGCAUGUUGCUGGAAUGCGACAUAUAUAAAACUCAGCCAGAAGCACCUCCCUGGCUACCCCAUCACACAUGUGGGCUGGUCGGCAGCAUAUGCACGCCAGCUGGUACAUGUCCCAAACAUCUCUUUCAGCAUGCUGCGGCACACGCUGGCCUCGCCAUGCAGUCGCCACUUCCUGCGCGACAUGAAGCGUCAGGGCGUGUCGGUCCAUGUCUGGACCGUCAAUGAGGAGGACUGGAUGGAGUGGAGCGUGCGCCGCGGGCUCUCAGGUGUCAUCACGGAUGAGCCCAAGCUGUUCCGAGAGGUGUGUGAGCGGAUGGGGCGGAAAGGGGAAGAGGUGGAUAGCGAGGGAGGGGGAGGGGGGCAGAUGGCAUUUAAGAGACGGUCGAGGGUACGGUCCUGGGGCAAGAAGACGAGGUUUUGGAUGGAGAUGGUGGCAUAUCAUGUGGGGCUGCUGGUCUGGGUGGUUAUAUCGUGGGUGAAGCAUGGUUCGCCAAAGGCCCAUGUGCGGAGGGUGUUGGAGGGAUAG